AUUUUAAGUUGCUUUUCAUCUUCAACCUUUCGUUUGUUUCUUGUUUGUAAGGCUCCUCUUGCUUCCUUUUACUUUCUUCUUUCUUACAUCUGCUAUUGAAAACCUUACUUAACCAUCAAACCCUAACCCUACUAAUUGGUUUCGAUUCCUUUAAUUCCCAGCUCAAAAUUUCAACAAAAUUCCCCCCUUUCCCCUUUAAUUCUUCAAAAUUCAUUGCAAAUUUCAGCGAUGAAUCGGGUCUCGAAGCUCUGAUAAGGCAUAUGAUGAUAAAGAUUAUCGACGCUGCGAAUCGAUUGCAUGGGUUUGGAGAAUGCCGGAGCUUCGUAGUGGAGUGCGACGUGGUCGCGCUGCGGUAGGCCAAAAGGGCUCGGAACCACCGGCACCGGCAAGGAAGAACGUGAAGACACGCGCUCCUGCUGCGGCGGCGGGGGUUAAGGGUAGGCCCAAGACAAAGGCGGCGGCGGCGGCAGCGGCGAAGAAGCCGGUGAUCGUGACAUCGGAAGCGAAGGCGAAAGAGGUUAAAGAAAAGGUUUUCGGCGUGAUGGGUGAUGAUAGUGGUGGCUUGAGCGCCAACAAGGGUGCUGCACCCGAAGAUAACACUCCCCCUUUUCCUGAGAGGGUUCAAGUUGGAGGAUCACCUAUGUACAAGGUUGACAGGAAACUGGGUAAAGGUGGAUUUGGUCAGGUUUUUGUUGGCCGUCGUGAGCGUGCAACAGGUCCUGGAGCUGCCGAGGUGGCUCUGAAAUUCGAACAUAGGAACAGUAAAGGCUGUAACUAUGGCCCUCCAUAUGAGUGGCAAGUUUACAACAUCCUUGGUGGUAGUCAUGGAAUACCUAGGGUACACUACAAAGGAAGACAAGGAGAAUAUUACAUAAUGGUUAUGGACAUGCUUGGUCCGAGUUUGUGGGAUGUCUGGAAUUCCUCAAGCCAGACGAUGUCUGCUGAAAUGGUUUCAUGCAUAGCUGUUGAAUCCUUAUCAAUACUCGAGAAGAUGCACUCGAAGGGCUAUGUACAUGGAGAUGUAAAACCAGAGAACUUCUUACUAGGUCAGCCAUCUACAGCACAAGAGAAGAAACUGUUUCUGGUAGACCUUGGAUUAGCAACAAAGUGGCGAGACACCUCAAGUGGGAUGCAUGUUGAUUAUGAUCAGCGUCCUGACAUGUUUAGAGGGACUGUUCGAUAUGCUAGUGUUCAUGCUCAUUUGGGAAGAACUGCAAGUAGAAGGGAUGAUCUUGAAUCUCUUGCAUACACACUCAUCUUCCUUCAUAAAGGCCGGUUACCAUGGCAAGGUUAUCAGGGUGAUACCAAGUCCUUCCUCGUUUGCAAAAAGAAGAUGGGGACAUCGCCUGAGAUGCUGUGCUGCUUUUGCCCUGCUCCAUUUAGGCAUUUUCUUGAGGUUGUAGUGAACAUGAAAUUUGAUGAAGAACCCAACUAUUCCAAGUUAAUAUCACUGUUUAAUGGAAUACUUGACCCGAAUCCAGCAUUGCGGCCACUUAAUACUGACGGUGCUCAGAAGGUUGGACAAAAGCGGGGUAGACUGAAUAUGGAGGAAGAGGAUGAUUCACAGCCAAAGAAGAAGGUUCGAUUAGGGGUUCCUGCUACACAAUGGAUUUCAGUUUACAAUGCAAGACUGCCCAUGAAACAAAGGUAUCAUUACAAUGUGGCUGAUGCAAGACUAGCACAGCAUGUUGAGAGAGGAAUUGCAGAUGGCCUUCUUAUUAGUUGUGUAUCAUCAUGUUCCAAUCUCUGGGCACUUAUUAUGGAUGCUGGAACUGGAUUUACAAAUCAAGUCUAUAAGUUGUCACCUUUUUUCUUGCACAAGGAAUGGAUCAUGGAGCAGUGGGAUAAGAAUUAUUACAUCACUUCUAUUGCAGGGGGAAAUAAUGGAACCUCUCUUGUGGUGAUGUCAAAAGGUACACAGUAUACUCAACAAUCAUACAAAGUAAGUGAUUCUUUCCCCUUCAAAUGGAUAAACAAGAAGUGGAAAGAAGGUUUUCAUGUCACAUCAAUGGCUACUGCUGGAAGUCGCUGGGGUGUUGUUAUGUCUCGCAAUGCUGGAUUCAGUGAUCAGGUGGUUGAACUUGAUUUUCUCUAUCCAAGUGAGGGUAUCCAUCGACGUUGGGACGGUGGUUAUAGAAUUACCGCAACUGCUGCUACGUUGGACCAAUCUGCUCUAAUAUUAAGUAUUCCGAGACGCAAGCCAGGAGAUGAAACUCAGGAAACUCUACGUACAUCUCAAUUUCCCAGCACACAUGUUAAGGAGAAAUGGUCAAAGAAUCUUUAUCUUGCUUGUUUGUGCUAUGGGCGUACUGUAUGCUGAUUUGAGUUAAAAGUCAAAGCAUUUUAAUGACACUGGAAUUUGUGAAUUUUCUUCUGCCCGAUCGUAUAUGAUCGUUUUGUAGAAUCUUGUGGUGGCAGAAGACCAUAUUUUUAUGAGUUAUAUAGAUUAUUGUUUCGUUUCUUCCCUUCUAUUCUAAAGCUCGACUUUGGUGGAGGGGAUGUUGCUGAGCAAUGUAAUAUGCAGUUUAGUUUUAUGUGUUUCUACAUUAUGUAACUAUGUAUAUGCUAUGCUGCUGGUUUUCUGAUCAAUAGGGUGUGUCCAUUAAAAUUUAA